AUGCAUAGUGAGGAUGAUCUAAUCGCCCGAGUACACAACCAGCAAACGACACAGCAAAUCACGACCAUCACGAAGGUCGUCCGCGAGGUGAAGCAGUUGGGACCGGAUGGUGGACAACCGUUUGACUAUGUAGCAAUGCCUCUAGACAUGGGAACCGACGGUCAACCGAUCGACUACGUGUCGAUGCCGAUGGGAAUGUACACCACCCGGACGCAGUACUUGAACUUCAACCACAUGGACCAACCGGAACAGAUGGUGGGUGGUCCGCCCCAGUCGCAUCUUCCGCCUGGUGCGAAGGUGAUGGGUGGUGGCGGUGGAGGUCCUGGUGUUCCCGGUGCGAUGGGUGGCGGGGCAGGUGUCGGUGGUCAGGGACACUAUCAGGAUUACGAGCAUUACGCGCAGUACACGGACGCGGGUUAUGAUUUGGGCCAAACAGGACACCAUCCGGCACACGCUCAGUCGUAUUUGGGCGAGUAUCAGAUGAACGACCGCUCGAAUACACCACACACGUCCAGCGAGAACAGCGAAUCCUCCAUUCCCCUGCCGAUGAGUGUACCGCAAAUGGGGAACCCCUCGGCGAACCUGUUGGCAGGUCCUGGCGGCUACCUUCAAGGACAGUACGAUGAGAUGGGGGAAUAUGUCAUCGCGCCGGGACAGGGUGGACCCGUUGAUCGGCUUUAUCCGGAUAACCCAUCGGCCAUGGUGUAUGGGUACGUUUCGACGCCACCUUACGGUACGAUCAGCUCACAUAUGGACCCUAAUGGGGGUGUGGAACCGACGUACGCCACCAAGCAACAGCUCGCGUACGAAGCCGCCAGUGCCCAGCAGCGUGGUGCGGGUGGUGGUGUAGUGGGAAGCGUGGCACCGGAUGGCUCGUGCUAUUACGAUGGGGACGAUGAUCUGCACCAGCAGAUGUCGAACCUGCAGAUACAUAAUCACGUGUUUCUACAGCACAUUAUCACGUCCCCUGGCGGGAACAACCGGCCGGGUGUGGCCGGCUCCUCGAAUGGGGCCGGUGGAGGACCGGACGGAAGUGGCGGUGUGGUGGACAUGGACGAACAGCGCCAGAUGAAGUGGCGCGAUCCGAACCUAACCGAGGUGAUCGGUUUCCUGAGCCACCCGAACAACGCGAUCAAGGCGAAUGCGGCCGCCUAUCUGCAGCAUCUCUGCUACAUGGACGACCCGAACAAGCAGCGGACGCGUACGCUCGGUGGCAUCCCGCCGCUGGUGAAGCUGCUCGGUCACGAGAACACGGACGUCUUUCGGAACGCGUGUGGCGCCCUGCGGAAUCUCUCGUACGGGCGGCAGAAUGACGAGAACAAACGUGCAAUUAAUGGGGCGGGCGGCAUCCAGGCGCUGAUUCACCUGCUGCGCCGGACGGCCGAAUCGGACAUCAAGGAGCUGGUGACGGGCAUCAUCUGGAACAUGUCAUCCUGCGAGGACCUGAAGCGGUUCAUCAUCGACGACGCGGUGCUGGUGAUCGUGUCGUACAUCAUCAUCCCGCACUCGGGCUGGGACCCGACGAACCCGGGCGAGACGUGCUGGAGCACGGUGUUUCGCAACGCGUCCGGUAUCCUGCGGAACGUCAGCUCAGCCGGGGAGUACGCGCGGAAGAAGCUGCGCGAGUGCGAGGGGCUGGUCGAUUCGCUGCUGUACGUCAUACGGAUAGCGAUCGAGAAGUCGAACAUCGGCAACAAGAUCGUGGAGAACUGCGUGUGCAUCCUGCGCAACCUGUCGUACCGGUGCCAGGAGGUGGAGGAUCCGAACUAUGACAAAAACCCGAUACCGCACCACCACGGCUCGGACGGUGGUGUUAGUGGGGGGCACGGGGGUAGCGGUGGUGCGAUCGUGGUGACUGCCGCCUCAUCGAAGGGGGAAAAUUUGGGCUGUUUCGGGGCGAGCAAAAAGAAGAAGGAACAACAGGCGGCGGCUGCCGCGGCCCAACAGCAGGCAUCGGCCGAUAAGGACCACUCGAACGUGAACGGGGAUCCGGCGCGGAUGGCCUACAAAAACACGGCUCACUAUAAGGGAGCUGAACAGCUGUGGCAACCGGACGUUGUACAUUCUUAUCUUGCCUUACUGCAGAGCUGCUCGAAUCCGGAAACGCUGGAGGCGGCAGCCGGUGCGCUGCAGAAUCUGGCCGCGUGCUACUGGCAGCCGAGCAUAGAAAUCCGGGCGACGGUGCGCAAGGAGAAGGGUCUACCGAUUCUGGUGGAGCUUCUGCGCAUGGAGGUGGAUCGGGUGGUGUGUGCGGUUGCGACGGCACUGCGCAAUCUAGCUAUCGACCAAAGAAACAAAGAGCUGAUCGGGAAGUACGCGAUGCGCGAUCUGGUGCAGAAACUACCCUCGGGCAACCCCCAGUGUGACCAGGGCACGUCUGACGACACGAUAGCGGCCGUCCUUGCCACCCUGAACGAGGUGAUCAAAAAGAAUGCCGAGUUUGCGCGCUCCCUGCUCGAUGCGGGCGGUGUCGAGCGGCUAAUGAACAUGUCGCGGCAGAAGUCGAAGUACACGCCGCGUGUGCUCAAGUUCGCGAGCCAGCUGCUGUUCACGAUGUGGCAGCACCAGGACCUGCGCGAUGUGUAUAAGAAGCACGGCUGGAAGGAGCAGGACUUUGUAACGAAAACGAUAGCCUCGCGAAAUCUGAACAGCAGCAACGGUGGCGCCGGUGGUAGCUACAGCGACAAUUCGCCCAACUCGCCUAACAAUACUCUCAACCGUCCGAUGGCGUCGCAGAGCGGUACUAGGUACGAAGAUCGCACCAUGAAACGCCAGCAAGCGUCCUCGUCAAACAAUGGCGGGCAGGCCAUGUCCUUGCCACCAGGCGAUGGCACCAUUAAGAUGGGAAGAUGA